GAUCGGAUGUGUGUCAAAUUGACAGCACGUGUGCAGAGCAAAACAAACCAACCGCGUGUGCGGCACACGCAGACGAAGAAUUGUAGCAAAACGUGUGAUAAAUAGGAAUAGAUUGUGAAAACGGCAUAAAAAUGAGUAGUGGACAGUUUGACGAUGCGCUCGAUGAUACCACAGAACGCUUUGACGGUGUUCAACUGCAGGAGAAAGCUACGUCUCCUCCCGCCAGCAAAGUGAACGGCACAGCGAAGCUGACCAAAAUCGAGAUUCAAGAUGCACUGUUUGGAGCACCGAAUAGGGACGAACCGACGGCGACCGACGCGCAGUGGGAAGAGUAUUACGACGACGAGGAAAGCGACGACGAUGAUGAUUUCUACUGCUACGAGGGUGGAGAGCUGAAGCGUAACCAGCAGCUAAACCUGAACCAGUCCCACACGAACGCACAAACUACAAGCCAGAAGGUGUCGCACUAUCAGCCCGCCGAUGUACUGUUCAAAAAGUUCACCAACCGAAUCAACGUGGAAAAGUAUGAAGGACCGGCCUCGCUUCCGAACCACGCAAAGAACACGCUGAUCGAAACGCAACGCAAAGCAGACAGCGACCGAUUGCGCAGCAAGGACAAGCAGGAUCGUGCGACGGCCGAGCAGGUGAUGGAUCCGCGUACGCGCAUGAUACUGUUCAAGCUGCUGAACCGCGCGAUGAUCACGGAGAUCAACGGGUGCAUAUCGACCGGGAAGGAAGCGAACGUGUACCACGCCACCGCCGCCAGCGGACGGGACUACGCGAUCAAGAUCUUUAAAACGUCCAUCCUCACGUUCAAGGAUCGGGACAAGUACGUGACGGGAGAGUACCGGUUCCGGCACGGCUACAGCAAGCACAAUCCGCGCAAAAUGGUACGCACCUGGGCGGAGAAGGAGAUGCGCAAUCUGGUGCGCAUGAAGAAGUGCGAUCUGCCCGUCCCCGAGCCGAUCCUGCUGCGCAGCCACGUGCUGGUGAUGGAGUUCAUCGGGCACGACGGAUGGCCCGCACCGAAGCUGAAGGACGUGGAGCUGAGCGGGGUGAAAGCGCGCGAGCUGUACCGGGCCGCGGUCGAGAUGAUGUGGACGAUGUACAAUCGCUGCAAGCUGGUGCAUGCCGAUCUGUCCGAGUUUAAUCUGCUGUACCACGAGGGCAAGAUCGUCAUCAUCGAUGUGUCGCAGUCGGUCGAGCACGAGCAUCCGCAUGCGCUGGAGUUUCUGCGCAAAGAUUGCACCAACGUGACGGACUUUUUCCGCAAGCGCGAUGUGUCGACAAUGACGGUGAAGGAACUGUUCGAUUUCAUCACCGAUCGGGGCAUCGGGGCAGAACAGGUGGAACAGCGGUUGGAGGAAAUCUCGGAACGGAUAGCUAAUCGUAGCUUUGACGAGUUUACCGAACAGCAGAAGCUGGACGAAGCCGUAUUUAAGCAGAUUUUCAUCCCGAAAACACUGCACGAUGUGUACGACGCAGAGCGGGAUGCGUUCGACAAGAGUACGGAUGAGCUGGUGUACAAAACCAUCACCGGGCUGGAUGUGGUGGAAGCGGAUCAGAAGCAGGACGGGUCUGAUUCGGACACGGAGACAAGCUCGGAGCAGUCGGAGGACGAGGAAGGUGGUAAACGGGCAUCGAACGGCGGCGUGGUUGUGGUGCGAUCGAAGGAUGAAACGCCGGAAGAGCGCAAAGCGCGCAAAAAGGCGGUAAAGGACGAAAAGGCCGAAAAGCGAAAAACGAAGGUGAAAAAGCACAUCAAAAAGCGAAAGGAGAAAAUUGCUGGUAAAAAGUAAAUGUUGGAGCCUAAAAUAAUGGCAGGAGAAUAUAAAUAUUUGUGAGGCAUGUAGGAAAUAAAGAUAUAUUUAACCAUUAAAAAAUAAAA